AUGUCGGACUCUGAGGAGGAGAGCCUGGAACGGCAACUGAAAAUCGUCGUGCUGGGGGACGGCACCUCCGGGAAGACCUCCUUAGUUACCUGUUUUGCUCAAGAAACUUUUGGGAAACAGUACAAACAAACUAUGGGAUUGGAUUUCUUUUUGAAAAGAAUAACAUUGCCAGGAAGCUUGAAUGUUACUCUUCAAGUCUGGGACAUAGGAGGGCAGACAAUAGGAGGCAAGAUGUUGGAUAAAUAUAUCUAUGGGGCACAGGGAGUCCUCUUGGUAUACGAUGUUACAAAUUAUCAAAGCUUUGAGAAUUUAGAAGAUUGGUAUUCUGUGGUGAAGAAAGUGAGUGAGGAGUCAGAAACUCAGCCCCUGGUUGCCUUGGUGGGCAAUAAAAUUGAUUUGGAACAUAUGAGAACAGUAAAACCUGAAAAACACUUGAAAUUUUGCCAGGAAAAUGGCUUUAGUAGCCACUUUGUCUCAGCAAAGACAGGAGACUCUGUCUUCCUGUGUUUUCAGAAAGUUGCUGCUGAAAUCCUUGGAAUCAAGUUAAACAAAGCAGAAAUAGAACAGUCACAGAGAGUGGUGAAGGCAGAUAUUGUAAACUACAACCAGGAACCCAUGUCAAGAACUGUUAACUCUACUAGAAGCUCUAUGUGUGCAGUUCAGUGA